CAUUUGGAUGUUAUUAUGUCGGAGUGAACUAAACAUGGCUGUUGAUGUAUUCGUCGUGAGCUUCAUCUUAGGUUCUCCGUUCAUACCUCUCGUUUAUCUGAUUGUUCCACCAAAGACACCUGUUUUAUCUGGGUUUGAACCUGCUUCUAUCGGCUCCAACCGUGAACUCGUCUGUGAUGCGUCUCAACCUGAUGCCGGGACCAUCACCUAUAAAUGGUAUAAAUACUCGAUUGCUAAUGGUGUAGAGAAUUGGGAACCCAAAGGACCCAUUGGUACAAGUCAGAAGUAUAUCUUCAAUCGAGUGACUGAGAAGAAAGUGUUCCACACAGGUAACCCUGCAGAGCCUGUCAGUGGGAAGUACCUGUGUCGAGCAUCGAACUCGGCCGGAACAAGAGACAGCGAAUGGGGAGAUCUGUUUGUCUAUACACCAUGUUCCUUGUAUACUGUGAGUGUUUCACCACCCAAACCUGCCAUCGGAAGUGCAUUCACCCUCAACUGUUACAUAAACAAUCCUAGUGGAUUUCAUGUAAAAUUGUUAAAGAUGGCUGAUGCUUUAUCUGCUGCUUUAGAUGUAGCUGCAGCAAAUAGCAAGGGAUGCCAUGAUCCAAGUAACCCACGCUACAGUUGGAGCAGCUGCAGUCCACCAAGCAUCUCAUCACCGACAAAGACAUUCAAUCUACAAGUCACCAAUGCUCAGCCUUAUGAUUCUGCUUACUGGAUUUGUCAGGAUAUCGGUCUAAGCUGCAACAGUAACCCAGUCAAGCCAGUUGUGCAAGUGAAACCAGGCAAACCCCAAAUAACCGGGUUUCCACCUGGACCAGUCUCUCCUGGCACUCAACUCGACUUGAAGUGUGGGGCCUCGCCCUCUGGAGACACUUACGAUUGGUACAAAGAUGGUACAAAAGUGACGACGUCGUUGACUUACGACUUCCAAGUGACGAAGGAGAGUGCUGGUGUUUAUGAGUGCGUUGCUCGAAAUAGUGCUGGCUCUUCAACAAGCAAUGAUACGACAUUAGUCGUUUAUUACAAGGCUGAUUCCGUGGUCGUGUCAUCUGGAAAGACCUCGUCCCAUGUUGGAGACAAGGACAAGUUCUCCUGCACAGUCUCUGGCGGCAACCCCACCCCGACCGUGAAGAUCUACUUCAAGAGGUCAGGCGGAACACCAGUAGAGGUCGCCCAAGGUCAAGACAGGGUGAUGGCUAAAGAAGACAACCAGGCUGAGUACUACUGUGUGGCGAAGGUUACUGGGUAUCCCGCCUUGGAUAUGGCUUCAGGCAUAAAGACAUACAGUGUAAUAUACCCAGCAACUGCUAGAUUAUCAUCAGCCCCGACUACAGUGAGAGAAGGUGGUUCUGUCAUAUUGACAUGUGAAGCAAGCAGGGGUAACCCGACAGUGUACACCUACAUAUGGUAUUAUAAAAGGACACAGAUACCUGAUUUGACUUCAAGAGAAUACAGAAUACUAUCUAUACAUUACACGGAGGCUGGGGACUAUCAUUGUCGAGUGGUUAACUAUUCGCCAGGGGGCAUAGCCGAUGCAUCUGCGAAGAUUAAUGUUUUUUACAAAGCAAAAUGGGAUCCCAGUCUGCCGAGACUCUUCACCGUUGAAAGCAAACCAUCACGACCAGUCAGGUUUACACUCCACGUCAUCGCCAACCCUCGACCAACUGAUGUUACGUGGUAUCACCCAAAUCACAAGAUGGCAACUGGGGAAAACUUCAUCCCCGCGGACGAAAAUGGGACAUACACACUGAGCAAGGGAUCUGUAGGGACUCAAGACUAUGGGAACUACAUCGUCAAAGUGACUAACUCAGCUGGAGUUUCAUACUUUGUCUUUGAGCUACUUCGGCCAGCUGUUCCGAGUAUCCCCACAUAUACGCUCAUUCGGAAAGAAAAAUUGGUGACCGUGGUGUUCUCGGCGUCUCUGAAGGAGCCAUUCACCAAGUUUGAGUUCAAGUUCUGCUUGCCAGGGCAGGCGCCAAACACGACAGGAUGUAACAGGUCUUUCGUCCCUAUCCAAGAUCCUGCAAGAACAAACUACACAAUUCAUGUGACACAUGCGACAACGACUUAUGUUUUCUAUUUGGAUUUCUAUGAUGGGGAUGAUGUUAUUUAUACUUCUGGACCUGUGCUCCCUGAGAAUGCUGGACAAAGCACGACCGUGUCUGCUGGAAGAAGUCCUGUGCUUCCUGAUAAUGUUGGACAACCAACUACCGUGCCUGCUGGAAGUAGUCCAGAUGGUGGCAUGAUAACUGGUGUGGUUGUAGCCGUCGUCAUAGUUAUAGCUGUGGUCAUGGUCGUGGUUGUCGUUCUACAUAGGAGGAACAUGGCAUGCUUCGCUGGUCGAAAUAAACCUGUGGGAUCGAAAGCGGAUGAUGUGAGAACUGGCACUCCCCAACCUGAAUCCGUUUUUCACGACCCUUUUUACAUGAACGUCGUCAACAGGUCAUUUGAAGGUGACGAUAUUCAACCUGGGCCGGUUUAUGUGAAUGGUCCUAAACAGGAUUCUGUUAAAGAAGUGAUUUACGACGAUACAAAUCUGACCGAGAAGCCAAGUGGCGAUGAUGCUGCUCGGAAAGUCGAAGAUAUAUCAGUCGAAGAUUUCAAACAGUGGCUCCUAUCAAAAUACGUGACAGAAUCAACUUACGAAUGCCUAGCUAAGAACGGGUUCAACGAUGCACGAUUCUUCCUCAUACUACAGCGAGAGGACAUAGUAAAAAUGAAAAUUGAGCCCUUGGCUCAGGAGGCCUUGAUACGUAAAUUGGUGAAGGAUAUCAAUGAGACCAGGCAGAGUACGAGUGAGAGCAGCGAAGGAAAGAAACCUGGAGAUCCCGCAGCUGGAGAAGAAAAUCCGUAUGAUGAAAUGGAAAAUCAAUAUGCCGCCUUGGACAUCACGCCUGAUGUGACCGCCAACCAGACGUAUGCUGAAUUGAAGCCAUCAGCAUGAAGCCAGAACAUGGAGAAGUGAAGCGGUCACUAUAAAGCGGUUUGUGUCGGUCACACUGAAAAUAGAUAAAAAGCCUUCUGUUACCUUGAUUCAAGAGGUCAACAAAAGUGCUUCCCCAGCAGAUAACUCUCAGAUGAUACAUUUUUCAUGGGAUGUAGACCUGUACACAUUGUUCGUGUUCCUACUUCAACAGAAUGGUGUUUGGACAUUAAGAAGCAUGACAUAUAAUCAUGCUCAAGCCAAAAAAUCGAACUCUAUGUGUUUUGAAGUGGACGAAAAUGGCUUAUUAUGUCUUCCUUUCUUUCAAUUGGUUUCAACUGAAAAUGUAGUACCAGGACUUCGAGCAGCUUACAGCAGAUGAUCAUGAGGUCGUUGCAAAAACACCUUCGGUAUUCAAAGGAAUGCAAUCCAUUUGCAUACACAUACAUACUGCUUCAUGUUUGUUCUCCCCCUUUUGUUUCGUUUAGGAAUACGCAUUAUUCAAAAUACGAAAUGUGUACAUGGAGUAAAUAUUUGUCAAAUAAGAUAGAACCUCUCUAUUAAGGACACUGUUGGGACUGAGAAAUACUGUCCUUAAUAGAGAGGUGUCCGGAUUAGGGAAGUCUAAUUGAAUUGUAACAACCAAUUUGGGACUUAAACUAGUGUCCAUAAUAGAGAGGUUGUCCUUAAUAGAGAGAUGUCCACUAAGGAAAGUUCCACUCUACUAAGAUAGCACUGAGUAAUUGGUAUGUUGGCCAAUACGUUUUCCCAUUCAGUAUAUCUAUUUACAUAUUCAAGAAAAAUCGUGUUCAAAAUAAUCAUUAGUUGUGUAUACUUGUCAUCUAUAGUAGUGAAUAAAACUUGUGUGUACAUUAAUUAGGCAAACUCUAAUAUUCAUAUAACUUGAUUUGUUUUAUAUGUUUGCAUAUGUAAAAUGUAUGUCUCGUGCACACUGAUGUACACAAAACUCUCUUAUUUGGAGGAAAUAAACAACCUAACUACACUUGAGCAAUGAAAGCAUAUAUUCAACACAUGAUCACAUCAACGGUUCUAAAUUAUCCGUCUUAGACUUGAUGUAACAAAGAAAAAAAGAAAAC